UCCGCGGUGAAGCCGUGAAGCCGGGGGUGGCUACCUGUACGAGCAGUUGUGAUUGCGUGGUGUUCGCAAGAUAGCGAAAAUUCUAUUGAAAUCACCGUUGAAAGACACGAUCGCGUGUCAGAAUGGAGGAGGUUGAUCAGAUUGUGAUUCACACGCUACGCCAAAUAGGCUGUGACUUGGACGAAGACACGACCUCCUUGAAACAGUUCACCACAGAGAUCACCGUUGAGGGAGUGGUUCGCUGCUUGCGGUUAAUAAAUCCGGAACUGAAUUUGCCAAUUCGCGUGUCACCCAACAUGGUGGCACGUUACAACCUCGGCAUGGCGCUAGCCAGUGCCUGCACAGAGCUCGGUUUCAAAGGUGACCUGGGCUACCAAACCUUUUUGUACUCUAACGAAACGGAGAUGAGAAGAAUAUUUAUGUUCCUUUUUGAAAAACUUCCUAAGGAAAGUGAGAAAGUUGUGGACCAGCAAUUAGGUAAAUCUGCCAUUGUGCUCCGAGCAAUAUCGGAGCAGAUCUCUCUACAGCUGAAAACACCUUGGCUGCCAGCCUACUGCAAGAAGGACGGCAUUCGUAGCACGGGUCAGCGUUGGUGGAGAGAGGAUUACAGCAAUUGUACGAGGCUAAAAACUUGCAAAUUAGUUUUGCCUCACAAAGGUGCUAGUCAUGUGAUAAGGCCAAUAUGGGAGCAGACGUUGGAGGCAAAUGAUGUCGUUCCAUCCAUUCUUGAGCUCAAUACGGCUGCUUUAGUUCAAGAACAGGAGCAAGAGGCAGAAAUGCAUCAAGCUGGACUGCUAACGAAGGGUUCACAGCAGGAGUUCAAGCAACGCAAGAAAGAAAGGAUUCAAAAAAGGAUACUCGAUGCAUUCCGUAGAGUGGCCAUCUCAUUGGAUGAGAAACAGACAUUAGAAGUGGUUUCUUCUGCGAGACCCAGGAUGACGGAGGACACGCUGCGUGACAAGGGAUCAAAAUUUGCUCGUGCUGAAAAAUUACAAUUCACAAAGGACGAACAGCCUCAAAAUGUUUCUAGUCAUAAUGAGAUGCUACGAACACCAAAGAAGACAAGUGAGCAAGAGGCCGAGGCAAAAGUGGCUACUUUGCAACAGGAAAUGCACAAUGUUGCGCAAACUUUGGAACAGCUUGAAAACCAGGAGAAAGAGUUGUCUGCAUCCUUGAUGCAGAUUGGAGAGGACAUCAUCCAGAAGAAAAGCAAGACAGCAGAAUUGGAGAGCAAGAACCAGUUGGAACACAAAGCCUUAACACUCCUACCAAAUGCGGAGGAAAACAUUCUAAAACUUCAGCAGAAGAUUGAUGGUGCUGCACAAACGUUACUCAGCCUCUCUGCCCAAUGGGAAAAGCACAGAGCACCUUUAAUAGAACAGUACAGGGAUUUGAAAGAACAGUGCUCCAAGCGACUGAGUGAAACACAGCAGAAGCUGGAAGAAAUCAAAUCUAUGCGGGACAAGAUGAAAGACAUACAGGAGCAAGCAAGAAAUAAAGAUGAGCUUCACAAACAGUUGUUGAGUGAGUACGAGAAGCUUGUGAAAGAUGUCAGCCGUUCGGCAUACACCAAAAGAAUUUAUGAGAUUGUGGGCAACAUAAAGAAGCAGAAAGAGGAAAUAGCGAAGGUGUUGAUGGAUACGAAAGCCCUGCAGAAGGAAAUAAACCACCUGACUGGAAAGCUCGACCGAACGUUCACGGUGACAGAUGAGCUUAUUUUCAAAGAUGCCAAGAAAGACGAAGCUGUCAGGCGAGCAUACAAGUAUUUAGCAGCCGUGCAUGAGAACUCCAACCAGCUGCUUCAGGCAGUAGAAGACACCGGUGCCAUCUUACGAGAGGUUCGUGACCUAGAGGACCAAAUUGAGCAAGAAAGCCAAAAGAAGGUGGUUGCCAACCUCGAGCGCAUCACUGCCGACUACAAACAGAUGAAGCAAGAGAAUGCUUCACUUCUAGCUCAGCUCAAAGCAGAAUAAGGACAGGGAACAGUGUAGUAGUUACAGCAAUGCACUUUUGUACAGUUAUUUUUGUAGUUAUUUAUACAGCUUGCAGAAUAAUAAAAAUGGCAGUGUACAGUUUUCUAACUGA